AUGUCUUCGACAAACACAAUAAUAAGUUCAAUAACAAUAUAUGUUGGUAUUCCAAUAUUUUUAAGUGGUACUUUAGGAAAUAUUCUUAAUGUUCGUCUUCUUUGGCGAACUCGUUAUAAUCCAUGUGCAUUUAUAUUUCUCGUAUCAUCAUUAAUUAAUUGUAUUGUUUUAUUUUAUGGUUUAUUUACAAGAAUUUUAGGUAUUGGUUUUCAUCUUGAUUGGUCAAUAACAAAUCGAAUAUGGUGUAAAACUCGUGCUACAUUAACUCAAUCAAGUUUUUUAAUUUCUUUAACAUGUAUUUGUUUAGCAAGUAUAGAUAGAUUUUUUGCUAGUUGUCGUCAAGAAAAAUAUCGAAAAUUAAGUAAAUUAUCAAUAGCGAUACUAUCUGUUAUAAUAACAAAUAUUUUUUGGAUAUCAGUUUUUAUUCCUUAUUUAAUCUAUGUUGACUUAGUCAAAAAUCCAACAACAGGUUUAAUGUCUUGUACACUUAUUAUACGAAAUCAAGUUUUUUCUAUAUAUCAAAAUUAUAUUGUACUUCCUGUAUGUUAUGGUUUAUUACCAAGUACAAUUCUAAUAAUAACAGGUAUAAUGACAUAUAAAAAUACAAAUAAAUUACAAAUAGGUCGUCAACGAGAAUUAAUUCAAAAACAAUUAACAUCAAUGAUGUUAAUACAAAUUCCAAUAAUAAUUAUAUCAACAUUACCAUAUGUUACAUUUACAGAAUAUACAAUAUUAACUGCAACAGUAAAUAAAUCUGCUGAUAGAAGAGCUAUUGAAAUUUUACUUACAAAUAUUUUUACAACUUUAUGUUAUAUAACAUUUGCAUGUCCUUUUUUUGUUUUUAUUGCUUCAUCAUCAUCAUUUCGAGAAGAAGCGAAAAUAUUAUUUUUAUGUCGAAAACCAAAUCAAUUGAGAAACAAUCAAAUUCAACCCUUUUCUACAAAUAUAUUUCGAAAUAUUAAACCAAUAUCUAUCAAAUAG